AUGACUAAAGGCCUAAACGCCCGAAACCGGGGAACGAGUCUCGACUCUGAACGCGAAAAGUUGGAAAAUAAUCAGUCUAAAUUGACGAGUAUUUCGAAAGCGGUGAACAAUCAUGAAAGUCCGGUCAAAGAGAAACACAUGAGAACUAUACUGAUGGGCACUUUCCAGAAUAAAAGCGCUCAUCUCUUCUGGAGUGUCGCCCGUAAUCUUCAACUCCAGGAAAAUCCGAUCGUUUGCUGGAAAUUCUGUCACGUCUUACAUAAGCUGUUAAGAGAGGGCUAUCGAAAAACAAUUCCGGAUUCAUAUCAAUUCCGGUCAAUGCUUUUGGAUUUGGGAAAAAUGUGGGGACUAUUGAAAGAAGGCUACGGAAAGUUGAUUCAAAAUUACUGCACUCUACUCGUCAGGAAAAUUGAUUUUCACGCCAAUAACCAACGAAUUCCGGGCAAUUUAUUGUUUUCGGACGCAGAGCUCGAAGCCAUCGGUGAAAACGAUGUUAAUAUUUAUUUUGAAUUGUGUUGUCAAGUGUUUGACUAUUUGGAUGAGAUAUUAUGCCUUCAGGCAAAUGUUUACGGCUCGCUUGAUAUGAGUCGAUCCAAUUCGAUGACAAACGCCGGACAGUGCCGUUUGGCACCACUUAUUCCCUGCAUUCAGGACUCCAGUCAAUUGUACGACUUUUCCGUCAAACUUUUAUUCAAACUACACUACGCUCUGCCGGCGGGAACUCUCGACGGACACAGGAAUAGAUUUCUUAAUCAAUUUAAAAUUCUUAAGUCAUUCUACUUAAACUCCAAAAACCUGCAGUACUUUAAAAACCUGAUUCAAGUGCCGCUUCUGCCCGAUGAACCGCCGAAUUUUCUUAUCCAAUCGGACCUCAAUAGUCAUGUGACGCCCAUUUGUAUUGUUCCACAAGAACCCGAAUCACCAGAAGUGGAUCAAACCGACAACAAUUUGGUCGACCUUUCAUUUGCCGAAGCUAACGACAAAUUAGAUGAUACCAACUCUAUUUGGUCACUAAAUAAUGACCACAAAAACGACUCGUUUAACACACAAGUUAUAGAAGAAAAAGACCGAAUGAUACAACGAUUAAUGUCCCGAAUUGAACAGUUGGAGCUCGAAAUGCAACAAACGAGGGUUCAGGACGUGCGUCUAAUCGAGGACUUGAAGCGAGCUAUAGCUGAGUUGGAAUGCGCUAAAGCACAGAGUCUGGAGAAAGAGAUCGAAGCGCUCAAAGAAUUAGAGAAACGCAAGAGUACUAACGAUUUCGAAACGGUGGCCAAAGUGGCCGAUAAGUACAAUAAGAUGAAAGAUAUUUAUAAUAAACUCCGUUCCGAACACAUCGAACUCCUUCGCAAUAAAGCUGAGAUCGAUAGACAAUUAAUGGCCGCACAGACAGAACUUAGUACAUUAGAGUCACAACUGAGAGAACAAAUGAAAAAAGAGGCAGAUUUUAAUUCAAUGAGUGCCGACUGUAAUGAUCUUAAACGUCGUAUUCAUGAGAGUGACAUUCAGAUCAAACGAUACACACAAGAGAUAGAGGGAUAUAAACGAAAACUUGUGGACCGCGAGUGGGAACUAUUGGGUCUGUCAUUACAAAUCGCAGAACCCGAAUCACCAGAAGUGGAUCAAACCGACAACAAUUUGGUCGACCUUUCAUUUGCCGAAGCUAACGACUUUUAUAAUAAACUCCGUUCCGAACACAUCGAACUCCUUCGCAAUAAAGCUGAGAUCGAUAGACAACUAAUGGCCGCACAGACAGAACUUAGUACAUUAGAGUCACAAUUGAGAGAACAAAUGAAAAAAGAGGCAGAUUUUAAUUCAAUGAGUGCCGACUGUAAUGAUCUUAAACGUCGUAUUCAUGAGAGUGACAUUCAGAUCAAGCGAUACACACAAGAGAUUGAGGGAUAUAAAAGAAAACUUGUGGAUCGCGAGUGGGAACUAUUGGGAAUUGUAAUAAAUUGUAUGCAAAGAAUCGCACAAAAGACUAAGAAUGAGGGCAUUCAAAACAGUUCCGUUAUUGUCAACUGUUCUCCCGAAUAUUUCUUCUCACAACUGAACGAAUUGAGCAAAAACUUGGAUUCAUUGGAAGAAUCCUCGAAACAAAUUUCAACGAAUUCAUCGAUGGAAUCGCUUUUAGCGAAUAUAUUGGAAUAUUUCAUACAAUUAUGUUAUGGAGUAAACUGUGGGAAAACAACUUAUUUAACAAUACCUAACAUUGAACAUGGACAGGAACUUCUAAAUAACUGCAAAGAACUGGUCGAUUGGUCUUUGAAAAUGAGUCAAAACAUUAAAAAUAAGUUUCACGACACGAAUACAAUCCUAUCUGUGAGACAGUGUUUGAAUAAAUUGAUUGCAAUGAAUGUCUUCAUUAUUCCCGAAUUAUUGGACAAAACCAAAGAUUUGGAAAAACAAUUAAUGGACGAAAUGAGUGAAAUGGACAGAGCUAUCAAUGACGCCGCUCUCAGGAUUGAGCAAAUGCUAGAAUUAGCGAAGAAAAAGGACACAGGAAUCAAACUGGAGGUUAACGGACAGAUUCUGGACGCCUGUACUUUCCUAAUGAACGCAAUCAAACAACUCAUAUACGACGCCAAAGAACUACAAAAAGAGAUUGUAUCACAAGGAAGAGUGAGUUCGCAAAUGCCUAAAAACAUUGGUUCCACUUCUAUGGGAGAAUUCUAUCAAAGGAAUCACAGAUGGACUGAAGGCUUGAUAUCGGCGGCCAAAGUGGUGGCCGCAGACGCAAAACUUCUUGUUGAUUCUGCGGAUAAAGUGAUAUUAGGUUCGGGAAAAUUUGAAGAACUGAUUGCCGCUUCUCAGGAGAUCGCGGGCGCCAGCGCUCAGCUGGUAGUGGCCUCUCGAGUGAAAGCCGAGCCGUCGAGUCUUAAAAUGGGCAAACUUUCCAAGUCUUCGAAAGUGGUCUCUGAGGCGACUGGAAAUGUGGUCGCGAUUACUAAGAAGUGUUCACAGCGUGUCGAAGAAGGAGAUGAUUUGGAUUUCUCUAAACUAACUCUACAUCAGGCGAAACGAUUGGAGAUGGACAGUCAGGUUAAGGUUCUGGAGUUGGAGAAGGCGUUAGAGAACGAGCGCUUAAAAUUAGCUGCGCUUCGCAAACAGCACUACCAUUUGGCGGGUGCGUCGGCCGCAUUGGUUGAAUGGAAAGCCCGGACAGAGCGCAGAGCCCACCCCUACUGGGCGUCAGUCACGCUGUCUAUGAGCGAGACGUAUAGCAAAACACAGCAAAACACGGACCCAAACCAAGCCAUGGACUUAUUGUCGUCUGUGUUGGACGAGUGCGGCCUCGAUAUCGACGAUCUCACCGCUCAGGUCAUCCCCGAAGAGGCGCCCAAACCUCCAGCCUUUAUCACUACAGCAAAGACACCGAUUCACUCGAUAUUAAACAACCAAUUGUUGAACAAAAAUGGCAAUAAGAAGAUCUCAAUCACCACUUACUCUCUGACUAACCCAAGCGCUGCCAAAACCCAAACGUUUGACAUCAGAUUUCCCGCACAGACUUCGACGACGAUUCGGCCGACAGUGUCCGCAGCCGUGCCGUCGGUCUCGUUCUUACCUCAAAACAAUCAAAACUUAUCAUUACUUCAGAAGAAUUUGCCCCAAAUUGAGACCGAUUUAAGCGAAGAGGAAAGGCUUGUCGAGGAUGAAGAAGAGAUGGCUAUCGUUCACACGUUUGACGAUUACAUGCCAUCAAAAUUAAAAAUUGGUGAAAAACAUCCCGACCCAGUGGUCGAGACCGCCUCCCUCUCCAGUGUAUUGCCGCCCGACAUAUACUAUAGACUCGAUAUACCCGAAGACGUGAUCGAUGAGGCAAAGCUGUCAGCACUUCAGUUAGAGUCGAUUAUCUACGCCUCUCAACAACACGACAACUUCCUCAGCGACGGCUCCAGAGCUGGCUUUUUGGUCGGCGACGGAGCGGGUGUUGGAAAGGGCCGCACAAUCGCUGGCAUUAUAUACGAGAACUAUCUGAAGGGACGGAAGCGUUCGGUUUGGCUGAGUGUCAGCACAGAUCUUAAAUAUGACGCCGAAAGGGAUCUCUACGAUGUGAUCGGCGCCAACAAAAUUGAAGUCCAUUUACUCAACAAAGUAAACUUUAAAUACGGCUAUAGAUUACACUCUCAAGAGAACGAUAAUGUGAAACGUGGAGUGAUUUUUGCCACUUAUAGCUCAUUGAUCAGUGAAUCGACGACUACUACUGGCAAAUACAAGACACGUUUCGGUCAACUCGUCCAGUGGUGUGGCGAAGAUUUUGAUGGAUUGAUUGUAUUCGAUGAGUGCCAUAAAGCGAAGAAUUUAUUCCCGUCAUCUGGUUCUGGAAAACCGACUAAAACAGGUCUCGCAGUACUCGAGCUGCAGAACAAACUGCCAAAAGCGCGGAUAGUGUACGCGUCGGCAACGGGUGCUUCAGAGCCUAAGAAUAUGGGUUAUAUGACUCGGUUAGGCGUUUGGGGAAAGGGAACCCCUUUCGAAGAUUUUGGACAAUUUGUGGCUACUGUUGAGAAGCGAGGCGUCGGUGCCAUGGAAUUGGUGGCCAUUGAUAUCAAGAUGAGAGGCAUGUAUAUGGCUCGACAGCUCAGCUUCCAAGGCGUUACGUUCCGUAUAGAAGAAAAGCGAGGCGUCGGUGCCAUGGAAUUGGUGGCCAUUGAUAUCAAGAUGAGAGGCAUGUAUAUGGCUCGACAGCUCAGCUUCCAAGGCGUUACGUUCCGUAUAGAAGAAGUUCCUCUCAGCAAAGACUUUACUAAAUUAUAUGAUAAGUGCUGUGAUCUGUGGGUUUCGGCGAAACUCAAGUUUGACAAAGCGUUGGAACUAAUGGAAAGUGAUAAUGGAAUCAAAAAGACUAUUUGGACCCAAUUCUGGGCAUCACAUCAGCGUUUCUUCAAAUACCUGUGCAUUGCAUCUAAAGUCAAAUUCGCCGUCAGUUUUGUGAAGGAAGCGCUUCGCGACAACAAAUCUGUUGUGAUUGGUCUUCAAUCGACCGGUGAGGCCCGCACUCUGGAACAGCUCGAAGAUAAUGGCGGCGAACUCAACGAUUUUGUCUCGACAUCAAAAGCUGUGUUUCAAUCAUUAAUUGAGAAACACUUUCCGGCGCCGAAUCGAAAAAAGUUGGCUCGACUUCUGGGCCGCGACACCAGUUUUUUCGAUGAAUUGGGCAUCACUUUGAAGCGCAACUCUAGGGAUGAAAUCGUCUGCUGUGAUCUGUGGGUUUCGGCGAAACUCAAGUUUGACAAAGCGUUGGAACUAAUGGAAAGUGAUAAUGGAAUCAAAAAGACUAUUUGGACACAAUUCUGGGCAUCACACCAGCGUUUCUUCAAAUACCUGUGCAUUGCAUCUAAAGUCAAAUUCGCCGUCAGUUUUGUGAAGGAAGCGCUUCGCGACAACAAAUCUGUUGUGAUUGGUCUCCAGUCGACCGGUGAGGCCCGCACUCUGGAACAGCUCGAAGAUAAUGGCGGCGAACUCAGCGAUUUUGUCUCGACAUCAAAACCCGGCGCUGUGCAGCCCGCCGUCAACAAUGAUAUGAAGCCGUCGUCGACAUCGAAAAACAGUUUGGAUUCGAGCAGUGAAUCGUCUGAAAGUGACAACGAAAGUGAAAGUGGUUUCUCAGACAGUGAUGAAGAGCUGAGUGUUUCUGACGACGACAUGGACUCCUCUAAUAGUGACGACGAUUUUGAUAAUAAUAAUAGGAAAAGAAAGUCUAAUUUUCUCGACAUAUUUCUUAACAAAAAGCCUAAAAAAGUUAAGAAAACCAAAGAACCGAAAAAAGUGAAAAAAGCGAAGAAAAAACGCGUCAAAAUUGAAGACCAAAUCAAGGAAUUGGACGUAAACUUCAAGUCUGCGGACGCCGGAGACUAUUGCGCCAAAAUGAAGGAAGAAUUGUUGGAACAGUUGGAAAGAAUCGGCGAUAAAUUACCCGCCAAUACAUUGGAUGAGUUGAUCGAUGAAUUGGGAGGACCUGACAAUGUGGCAGAAAUGACGGGACGAAAGGGUCGUAUUGUGACGAAAGACGACGGAAACAUUCAAUACGAGACCAGAUCUGAAAACGAUGUCUCACUAGAAAUGCUAAAUUUAGUGGAAAAGCAACGCUUUAUGGACGACGAGAAACGGGUGGCCAUCAUAUCAGAAGCGGCCUCUUCUGGUAUUUCAUUGCAUUCCGACAAAAGGGCCAAAAAUAGGUGGCGAAGAGUUCACAUCACUGUUGAGCUGCCGUGGACACGGCUGUCUCGGUAUGUUGUCAAACCUGCGUGGGUAGCCAGUUUGGGUGCUUUGACUCACGGCGAUAGACGCGCCGCUGAGACCAGAGACUUAAGUCAAUACAACAUCGAUAACAAAUACGGACGACAGGCUCUCGAAAUAAUCAUGAAAUCUAUCGCUCGAAUCGACGAGCCUUUAGUGAGUCCUCCGGAAGGCUAUAGCGGAGACUUUUUUGAUGACUGUCGUCAAGGCUUAGCCGGCGUCGGACUCAUUCAUUUGGAUAGUAAGGGAUUGCCGACACUUGAUAAAGAUUAUUCACAAAUGACAAAAUUUCUCAAUCGAUUGUUGGGUCUUAACGUUGAACUCCAAAACGCGUUGUUUAAGUAUUUUAGUGAUACGAUGGAAGCUGUGAUAAAAGAUGCUAAACGUUCCGGUCGUUACGAUUCCGGCAUUAUUGACUUGAGCUCUGAUGUGGGAAAUGUUCAACGAGUGAACGACACCGACUACUACUUGAAAUCAUCUUCGGGUGCCAUUAAGAUACAGUUGCAUAAUGUGUCGAUCGAUAGGGGAAUGUCUUGGGACCAGGCGUUGACUUCUUAUAAAAAUUCAUGUUUAGAAUACGCGAACGAUAAACAAGACUUUGGUUUCUAUAUAUCAUCGGCUAAUAAAAAUGAGGUGUUUUUGGCGAUUCCUGACUCCAGAGAUCGAAAUCAGUUUAAAAAGAUAUUCCGAAUUUAUAAACCAAACUCCGGUUUAUUACCCAAAUGUGAGACACUUUCCGCUUUGAAAGAGAAGGGAAAGAAAGCAAAGGCCGAGGAUAUCGAGAUUGUUUGGAAAGAGAGGUACGAUAUCUCUAUCGAUAAGUGCAGUCAUUUCCAACUGCACCGUAAGUGCAAACGAAGCAACUGCGAGGUCGGCCUUCGGAAGCGUGAAUAUUGUAUUCUAAGCGGAGCCGUCCUUACCGUAUGGCCUGAACUCGAGAGAGCCAUUACUUAUCUUCAGUCACAUAAACUACAGAUCGUUCGCCUCCGCACUGACGACGGCCUGCUUCACAAAUGUACAAUCUUCUUCCUCUCUUCGUGCGGAGCGUUUAUCUUGAGUUUCAUUUCAUUCAAUCUCCUCUUCCGCGACACGCCUUCAGUGGAUCCGCUGUUGGCGACAGAGCGCUGGUAUGAGUCGAGUCCCUCUUCGAGCAUAUUGUCGAUGUCGUCGACCGGUAUAUCUGAGUCCGAGUCCAUUGAAGAGUCUCGGAUGUCGUCCUCUUCGUCGUCGUCAUCGUCUUCCUCCUCGUCGUCUUCCGGAGGCAUCUCUUCAUCACUACUGAUGUCUUCGUUGUCCUCAAGCUUUACAUCAGAAGACAUAGUCUUCUCGAUAAUAACUUUGACGACGAGUGCAAAGAUCACCACAACUAUCAACUGUUUAACCAUUCAAUCCAUUGUCAGCCAUAACUAUAGCCAACAAAAGCUAAACCCAUCGAUAGGUUGGGGCGAAACAAAUGGUUGGAAAUGA